AUGGCGGGGUCUCCUCCUCCUCCUCCUCCCGCCGGGGCGCUGCUGGUGCUGGGCCGGGCCUCGUCGGGCCGCUCCGCCCUGCUCUUCCGCGCCGCCCUGGCCGCCGCCGCCUCCUCCUCCUCCUCGUGGCCGGGCCGCGUCCUCUUCGUGGCGCCGCGGCCCCUCCAGCGCCUGCCCGCCGCCCCCGCCGCCGCCCCCGCCCGAGCCCUGCAGGAGGCCGCUGGGCCCACCUGAUCCCUCACACUCUCCCUUUCCUUCCUCCAGAGAAUCCAGUUCUUGUACCCGGCCUCCCUGCAGGAGUUGCUCCGGCUGCUGGCCUCCUUGCACGAGACCUGUCCCAGCAGCCUGUCUCUGAUGGUGCUGGACAGCUUGGAGGAAUACCUGGCCAGUUGCCCUGGGCCUCACGCGGCUGCCCAGCUGGCAGCCUUGCUGCUGGACACAGUGAACCACUUCAGCCAGAAAGGCAGUGCGGGGCCUGCCGGCUGCCGGCUCCUGGUUUCCGUGAGGCUCCCGGGAGAAGGUGGAGACGGAGCGGAGCAGCUCUCCGCCGUCCAGCGCUACUUCCUGGCCCAGUGCUGGCUGCAUCCGGAGACACCACAGAGCGGGAGUUCGGACGGCCAGGGGGUCACCAAGCUAGUCAGAGCGCGGCUCUCCCAGCCGGGGACCGAAGACCAGGAGUGGCUGCUGACGUUUGAGCCGCAGGAGGAGAUGAAGGUUUCUCCACUUCCAUGCCCAAGGGGUGGCGAGAGGCCACCUGCCACGGGAACUCACAGCAUCCUGGACCUUUGGUGGUUCUCCUGGACCUGAACCGUUGGCUCACUUUCUCUUCACAACUACUGUCUACCUCUGAACAGCCGUGAGCUGCACACCUCCUUUCUCCCUCCAAACACUGGGUAGACUUCUGUUUUGGUUGGGCUUGAAGACGGCUUUCCUUGAGGAAAUGGCAAAAAUGCUGGGUUUGGGGCUGCAAAGUCCUUGAGUUUCUCGAAGUGUCCUGAGCCCCAGAGGGUGGAAAGUACCGCUGAGGGCAAACACUGAAUAUGGCAGUGCCAGGAAAGGUCUCCAGAUAUUACUUCAGGAUGUGAAAAGAAUAAAUCCCACAAUGCGAUUUGAAUUCCAAAA